AAACAACUCGUGUAUUGAGUAAUGGAGAAAUAAUAUUAUCAAGGAAUAAAACUUUGAGAUGACAAUGUUGCACACGAUUUCUUUGAAAAUGACAAUUUUUUAAGUAUUGAACAAAGAUAUACUGCGUAACUCAGUGAAAAGAUUGUUCAAAGUAUCAAUUGUAUCUUCAAAAUAAUAUUGCAUUAGAUGACUCAAGAUUCCCGGUAGGGGUUAAGUGAUAAAUAGCGAGGUGCAGAAAGUGCGAAUAAAACGAACACACGUCUGUUAUCGCUCACGAUUAUCAGCUGAUUUCCUAACCUGGUUAAAUAAAUCGGACGUGUUGAAAUGAUCACCUCUCUAAAGUGCGAACUCACAUCUACUCCGUGAAAGACAAGUAUAUUCUUAGCGGUGUCAAAUAAGAGAUAAAUACAAACGAUUCUUCUAACAAUUAUAUUUCGAGCAGAUACUGCAUAUAUACAUAAAAACCUAAGAUUGACCCGGUAGUCCGGAGUAAUGGCUGCGAGGUUUAUCCUGAGGAACUUGAAGAGCCUGGGCUCCGUUGCUUUCAAAUGCUCCGGCCCGUGGAGCAGAUCGAGGCAUUUGAAGUACGUCGGGGCGGGUAUCGUGACAGGUGUCGCAGCGUACGGUGCGUCGAGCAUAACAGUGCUGGCGGCGCAGGACGGGCUGGAUGUCGAAAUCUUCAUGUCAGAACCUAUCACAGAUGUGGAGAAGCUGCGGAAGAGUCGGAACAGCAUGCGAACGAGGAUGGAACUGCUGGUGAUGAAGACCCAGGCGGAUUUCUGCAGAGCGCUGCAGUCGCUGGAGAGCGACGGCUCCUUCCUGGUGGAUCGCUGGACCAGGAAGGAGGGCGGCGGCGGUGUGACGUGCGUGUUGCAGGACGGGCGAGUCUUCGAGAAGGCCGGCGUGAACGUCUCCGUGGUGACGGGUGUGCUGCCUCCGGGCGCCGUCCAGCAGAUGAGAGCGCGCGGCAGGCAGAUGCCGGACUCCUCGGUGUCGUUCUUCGCGGCCGGCGUGAGCGCCGUGAUCCACCCGCGCAAUCCGAUGGUCCCGACGAUGCACUUCAACUACCGCUACUUCGAGGUGGAGAACCCGGACGGCAGCACUCAGUGGUGGUUCGGCGGCGGUACCGACCUCACGCCUUACUACCUGAACGAGGAGGACGUGCGGCACUUUCACGGGACCCUGAAGGCGGCGUGCGACCAGCACGACCCCGCGUACUACGCGAGGUUCAAGGAGUGGUGCGACGAUUAUUUCCACAUCGUGCACCGGGGCGAGCGGCGCGGCGUGGGCGGCAUAUUCUUCGACGACCUCGACGCGCCCGGCCAGGACGAGGUUUUCCGCUUGGUGACGUCGUGCGCCCAGGCGGUCGUCCCGUCCUACAUUCCCCUGGUGGAGAAACACAAGGACGACGGGUACGGGUACUGCGAGCGGCAGUGGCAGCUGCUGCGGCGCGGCCGAUACGUCGAGUUCAACCUGAUCUACGAUCGAGGCACCAAGUUCGGCCUGUACACGCCCGGCGCCAGGUACGAGAGCAUACUCAUGUCGCUGCCUCUCACCGCCAAGUGGGAGUACAUGCACGAACCCAAGAUCGGUUCGAGGGAGUUCCAGCUUCUGGAAGUUCUCAGGCACCCCAAGGACUGGCUGGACGAUGCGGAGCCGGACGACGCGCGGGUCUAGGUCGCUCGUUAAUUGCGAGCUGCCUUCCGACCGACCGGGAUUGCACGAGGUAAAACGAAGUGAAAAUACGAUAUCGGUUACUCUCGAAAUUUCUCGCAAGUUUCCUCCCUUGAAGGGGAGAAAGAAACGUCGAGGGCAGCGAUCGGAAGUCGCGAAAAACGACUGAACAGUCUGAUGUUUCGGGCUCCCGCCCUGGGUCGUGCGAGUAACUUCGGAAAUCUUGGCGAAUGUCGAGAUUUCCACUCGGGAUUCGGGGAUCAAAGUGCUUCCAAGGUAUCGAGUGUUACGUAACGUCGGAGAUAAUGGGUGAUGGAACAAACACCGAGCGUGUAUAAUAUACAUGUAUAAUUAGUAACUU